AAUGUAAUCAAUAUGAUGAACUUUGUUGCCAACACAGUCGACUGCAUAUUUUAGAGAAGUUCUCAGAUAAGGAUGGAAAAAUAUUUAACAGACUUAUCUUGUAACAGCUGUUCAACAUCACCAAGGCCGUGAACUUUGCCUUCAGUGACAAGACCGUCGACUGCACUUGUUUCCAUCAGCAGGGGUGUCCACUGAGGAGGUGCGCUGAUUCUGUUCGGCUUCCGUUCAUUCAACACGGUUCCUCUGCUCAACACAAACACUAUUACUAGGUCCUCGCGUGCGUGUGUGUCUGGCUGCACUUCAUCAUCUUGGUACUACACGCUGCUCUGUGUCACCAGUCCGCGCCGCCCCAUCAUGGCCCUCACGCAGAGUCUUCUCGUGCUGCUGCUGUUCACCAUCGUCAACGCCGCUGUGGGUCCAGCUGCUGUGGCCCACAGGACCCUUAAUGGCAGUCUUUCCGAAGCCCAAGAAAGCCUCCCUAAUGACUCUCUGAAGAUCAAAAGACCCAUAAUGGAAGUCGCCGCUCAAGAAAACAGUGACUCGUCCAUGGGUGUGAUGCAGGAGACCGCCCACAGAGUGUUGCCGCCCCCUCUCUGGAACAUCUUUUUCGAGGAGCUCCCCGAGUUGAUGUUUGAGUCAAACUAUGAACCUGAAGCUCAGGCAGAGUGGGAGCAAAAAUUAAACUGGCUGGAUAAGCUCGCCGCAUACUAUCUGCCCAACACUACGAACGUGUCGCCCGAGUGUAGGAGAGACGUGAACGCCAUAACGGCGGGCAUCACCAGCAGGGACUGGGCGCGAAGAAUCGUGGACUCAUGGGGCAAGUUCUCGGAUGGAGUGCUGGCCGGAAACACAAUGCAGAUGGGACUGCUGGACGAGUGCCUCAUGACCAAAGUGGACUCUCAGGAUCCGGAUGCACACUUCAGGGGACAGUACUGCGCUUUCUCCUUCAGGAAGAAAUUCAAAUCGAGGCGAACACAGGAGGAAGGAUAUAAAGAAGUGGAGGAGAAGCAGGGAGUGGAAGUGGCGAUUCCCGAGCUGCACGUGGCCAACAUGAAAGGCGUACUGCAAGCGGCACUUCCCUAUAACCUCAUGGCCACGUGCAUCCCUUCCACCUGCACCAAGGAGGAGUACAUGAUAGGUUUGGUGGAUCAAUUGAACAAAACCGGGCUGGAGUUAUCAAUGCUGGAGUGCCAGACGAAGGAACUGCCCACCCUGCGGUACAAUGCUGCCGAUAUCAUCAUGAUCAUCACCCUUAUAGUCAUGGGCAUCCUGGUGAUGGUUGGAACUGUGGCAGACGUCUGCAUCCAGAUCUCCGAGGACCAGGAGGCUGCCCAAGGUCCUCUGCGUUACUUUCUCGUCUUCUCCUUCUACACCAACCUAUCCAAGAUCUUCAGAAUCAACGUGAAUGAGAACAAGGAAGUCAUCUCUUGUCUCCACGGCAUGAGAGUGCUAAGCAUGUGCUGGGUGGUGAUAUCCCACUCCUACCUGUAUUCCGUCACGAUCAGCGCCAACAAAGGUCUUCUAGGACAAAUGGUGGCGGAGCAUCCCUACUUCUACCAGAUCAUCCUGAACGGCUACCCCUCCGUCGACACGUUCUUCUUCAUGAGCGGCCUCCUCGUCUCCUACAACCUGACGAAGGAGUUUCAGAGAACGUCAAGAUUUAAUAUCCUUCUUUACUAUGUACACAGGUUCAUUAGGCUCGCCCCGCCAAUCCUGCUGCUGUGUGGGUUCUUUGCUGUGUUCCCGCCGCUGUUCGUGCAGGGCUCAGUGUCGCCGGAGAUCAUAAGAAAAGGCAAAAUGGUGGACAACUGCAUUAGGUAUUGGUGGCGCGACAGCUUCUUCCUCACCAAUAUAUUUCUCGGUCAUGAGGACAGGCUAUCAUGCUUGUCGGUAUGCUGGUAUACGGCGGUGGACUUCCAACUAUACAUCGUGACGCCGUUCAUGUUCCUGCCGCUACUGUACCACUGCAAGUCAGGAACGGUGGUGCUGGGAACCUGGCUGCUGGCCUCCGUCAUCAUCCCUAUGAGCAUCAUCGGAAUCUGCCAGCUUCCUCCCUCUCUCGUGAUGGAUACAACGGCAGAGAAGUCGUGGAAUGCGGUGACGUACGUGUACACAACGCCGUGGUGCCGUGCGACGCCCUACCUGGUGGGCCUCGCUCUGGGGUACUUUCUGAGGGUGGUGGACAAGGAGAAGGUGCAGCUCAAAUGUUGGCAGGCGGUACUGGGCUGGAUCGCCGCGGUGUCCACCAUGAGCGCCGUAGUGUUCGGCCUCAAGGACUACAACACCCUGACAAUGAAACCCCACGAGUAUGUGCCCGCGAUAAGCAUUCUGUACGGCGGCCUGCACCGCCUCGCGUGGGGCGUGGCGGUGGCCUGGAUGGUCUUCGCCUGCCAUAUGGGAUACGGAGGUCCCAUCAACAGUCUGCUGGGGCACCCCAUCUGGCAGCCCCUCAGCCGGCUCACCUACUCCAUCUUCCUCAUCGCCGUCAACGCCCAGACCAUCUACUAUACCUACUACUCCCGCCUGCCCCUCUACUUCACGCCAUUUUACAAGCUAAUGGAGACCGCGGGGAUUCUGCUAGUCGCUACGUUCGCUGGGGUGCUGCUCUCCCUCCUGGCUGAGUCUCCCGUGCUGGGCCUUGAGAAACUUCUACUCAGAAAGCCUGCCACUACUAGGUCUAUUUGAAGCCUGCCAUCCCUCACCCCCGGCUCCUUUUCCUUCUACGCCUCUUCCUCUCUCUGUAAUUCUUUUCUUUCUCGCCAUUACAUCAGUGGUAAAAACAGAUACCUAUCUAUACUGCCGGAGGCUUGCCAUCUCUCAAGCCAUCACGAGUGGCCGAAAAAUAUCAGCAUGCUUCCCAUCAGCCUCAUGUUCUACGGUGACUGUAUCUCAACUAACGACAAAAAACACAACACAACAUUAGGAAACAAAGCAACACUUACGUUGGUCUGCUGCUGGCACACGCGGCAGUCACACAAAACAAUCUCCUGCAAACAGAGCAAGCUAAUGAAUACAAUAACUCUAUACCACAUCCAUGUUUACAACAUCAACACCAUAACUGAAGAGGAGGAGGAGGAGGAGGAGGAGGAGGAGGAGGAGGAGG